UUGCUCUCGGCCAUAGCUAGCGGCGACCUCAGCGGCGCCUCAUCGAAGCCCGCUCGGGCUGACCCACUUGGGCGGCGUUCGGGUGUGGAGUCGGGGCGUGCGUGUUCUGGCUCCGUGGUGAGUCCUUGGGAGCCUUUGUGCUGGGUGGGAGCGUGGUCGUCGCCGCGCCGGACGUCUCGUCUGUGCGGUGGUUCCCGAAGGCCGUGGGAGUGGCGCGUGAAGGACCGAGCGCCCAGCGUGAGGUGACCGGUAUUCGCGCUUUCCCUUCUGUGUUUCAUUAUGAACGAGGGCGCAGACGUGCGUGACUGCGCGAUCUUUAAGUGAAUGAGAAACUGCGUGGGUGGAAGAGUUCUUGUAUUAAGGAUCCGUUCAUUCAUAGACUCACCAUUUAUUGAAUGCUGUCUGUCUAACAGGCAUGAUUCUAGAUGCUUGGGAUUUAGCAGUAAACAAAAGAGACAACCCUUGUGCUAUAAUGAUACUUACAUUGUUGUGGGCCUGAUAAUAAACAAGGGAACAGUGACAUUCAAAGAUGUGGCUAUCGACUUCACUCAGGAAGAAUGGAAGCAAUUGGAUCCUGCCCAAAGGAACCUGUACCGGAAUGUGAUGUUAGAAAACUAUAACAAUUUAAUUACAGUGGGCUAUCCAUUCACCAAACCUGAUGUGAUUUUCAAGUUGGAGCAAGAAGAAGACCCAUGGGUGGUAGAGGAAGAAGUAUUAAGGAAACACUGUCCAGGAGAAAUAUGGGGAAUUGAUGAUCAUCAGAAAACCCAGGACAGAUUUUUGAAACAAAUUUUCAAGAAAACACUGACUGAAGAAGAAGCCAAUGAAUGUCACAAGAAAUUCACAAAUGUGUUUUCUCUGAAUUCAGAUUUUAUUCCUUCCAGAUAUAAUCUCUAUGAAUAUGAUUUGUUUCAAAACUAUUUAGAACAUAAUUUUAACUGCCAUAAUAAUGUGAAAUGCCUUUUAAGAAAGGAAUAUUUUGAAUAUAAUGGAGAUAUGAGAUCAUACGGCAAUAGUUCAUCCUCUCUUGCAGUAACCCCCUUUAAGUGUAAUCAUUGUGGAAGAGGUUUUAGUCAAACAUUGGACCUUAUCAGACACCUAAGAAUUCAUUCUGGAGAGAAACUUUAUGAAUGUAACCAAUGUCGAAAAGCCUUCAGCCACAAGGAAAGGCUCAUUAAACAUCAUAAAAUUCAUAGUAGGGAACAGUCUUAUGAAUGUAAUGAAUGUGGGAAGACUUUUAUUAAAAUGUCAAAUCUUAUUAGACAUCAAAGAAUUCAUACCGGAGAGAAACCCUAUGCAUGUAAUGAAUGUGGGAAAUCCUUCAGUCAGAAGUCAAAUCUCAUUGAACAUGAAAAAAUUCAUACUGGAGAGAAACCUUAUGAAUGUAAUGAGUGUGGAAAAGCCUUCAGCCAGAAGCAAAGCCUCAUUGCACAUCAGAAAGUUCACACUGGAGAGAAACCUUAUGCUUGUAAUGAAUGUGGUAAAGCCUUCCCUCGAAUUGCAUCCCUUGCCCUUCAUAUGAGAAGUCACACAGGGGAAAAACCUUACAAAUGUGAUAAAUGUGGAAAAGCCUUCUCUCAGUUUUCCAUGCUCAUUAUACAUGUGAGAAUACAUACAGGUGAGAAACCUUAUGAAUGCAGUGAGUGUGGAAAAUCUUUCUCUCAAAGCUCAGCCCUUACUGUACACAUGAGAAGUCACACUGGUGAGAAACCCUAUGAAUGUGAGGAAUGUAGGAAAGCCUUCAGCCACAAGAAAAAUUUCAUUACACACCAGAAAAUUCAUACUAAAGAGAAACCUUACGAAUGUAAUGAAUGUGGUAAAGCUUUUAUUCAGAUGUCAAAUCUUGUUAGACACCAGAGAAUUCAUACUGGAGAAAAACCUUAUAUAUGUAAGGAAUGUGGCAAAGCUUUUAGCCAGAAAUCAAAUCUCAUUGCUCAUGAAAAAAUUCAUUCUGGAGAGAAGCCCUAUGAAUGUAAUGAAUGUGGCAAAGCCUUCAGCCAAAAACAGAAUUUUAUCACUCAUCAGAAAGUUCAUACUGGGGAGAAACCUUAUGACUGUAAUAAAUGUGGUAAAGCCUUUUCUCAAAUUGCAUCCCUUACUCUUCAUUUGAGAAGUCACACAGGAGAAAAGCCUUAUGAAUGUGAUAAGUGUGGAAAAGCCUUCUCUCAGUGCUCACUGCUUAAUUUACACAUGAGAAGUCAUACUGGUGAAAAGCCCUAUGUAUGUAAUGAAUGUGGAAAAGCCUUCUCUCAGAGAACUUCCCUUAUAGUGCAUAUGAGAGGUCAUACAGGUGAAAAACCCUAUGAAUGUAAUAAAUGUGGAAAAGCCUUCUCCCAGAGUUCCUCCCUUACCAUACAUAUACGAGGUCAUACAGGUGAGAAACCCUUUGACUGUAGUAAAUGUGGAAAAGCCUUUUCUCAGAUUUCAUCUCUCACUCUUCAUAUGAGGAAACAUACAGGUGAAAAGCCCUAUAACUGUAUUGAGUGUGGCAAAGCUUUCAGCCAAAAGUCACACCUUGUUAGACACCAGAGAAUCCAUACUCAUCAGAAACAGUAUUCAUAGUGUGAGCAUGAAAAGCCCCUCAAAGGAAUUAGCACCUCAUGGCACAUUACAUGAUUGGUUCUAGAGCAGAAACCAGUGAAUAUGGGAAAGCCUUUUGAAGAUGUUCACAAAUUUAUAAAACAUUAGAGAAUUAUUACCAAGGUGAACAGUUUUGUGAAAAAUCUUCAGUAGAUAACCUUACUCAUAGAUGGUAUUUAAUAUUCUCAAAUCUGAAAGAAGAUAACUGCUAUUUGCUUUUCAACAUACUAUUCAAGCACCCAGCUAAUAUAUUAAACAAGACAAAAGAAGAUUGAGAAAAGAAUGAUACGAUAGUCUUUUAUAUAAGAAAUAGCUAAUUAAGAUGUGCUGAAAGAAAAUAUAUAUGAAUAAACACAACAGUGAAUUAUGAAACAUUUAUAUCUAUAAAGAUACAGAAUAUGUUGAAGGACCCAAAAGAACACCUGAAAAAUUGAGAGAAAUGCAAUUAUUCCGGAAAGACUUGACAUUGUAUAAAUAUGUUCUCUCCAAAAUCUUUAAUGUACUUCCACUCAUAAUUUAUGCCUGUUAUGUUUGACUUUCACAAACUGCUUUAGGAUAUAUGAGAAGUUAAAGGACCCCAAAUAGCUGAAACAAAUUUGACAAAGCAAAACAACUAGAGAAGACACACUGUUAUCAUUACAUACUUCAUUUAGAGCUGUUGUCAUUCAAACUAUCAUUCAGUGACUAUAAUCAGUGUAAAAAAAAAAAGAUUGG